CAAUCUUUGAGCUCUUCAAGAAUUUGACCCUUCUUCUCCUCCAUCUUCUUUUCUUCACACCCUUUUCAUAUAAAAACUAUACACUGCUUCUUCUUCUUCUACAUGCACAAACACUGCUACUACUUUCUUUCUUUCAUCCUAUAUAUACCGAAGAGUUCUCUGAAGAAGGUUCUGUGAUAUUCAUUUAUCAGAAAGAAGCAUUAUCAUGGGGUCUAUGAACUUGUUGGGGUUUUCUCUCUCUCCUCAAGAACACCCUUCUACUCAAGAUCACUCUCAAACAGCACCUUCUCGUUUUGGCUUCAACCCUGGUGGAAUCUCGAACACUGAUGUUGCAGGAAACUGUUUUGAUCUCACUUCUGACUCAACUCCUCAUCUACUCAACCUUCCUUCUUAUGGCAUAUAUGAAGCAUUUCACAGAAACAAUGACAUUCCCAACACCACUCAAGAUUGGAAGGAGAACUACAACAGUCAAAACCUGCUGCUGGGAACUUCAUGCAGUGACCAAAACAUGAACAACAAUCAACAUCAUCAACAGCAACAACAGCCAAAGCUUGAAAACUUCCUAGGAGGACAUUCGUUCGGAGAACACGACCAAACCUACGGUGGUAACUCAGCCUCGACAGAAUACAUGUUUCCAACUCAGCCAGUGGCUGGAAAUGGCGGCAGUAGCACAAGUAAUAGUAACUCCAUAGGGUUAUCCAUGAUAAAAACAUGGCUGAGGAACCAACCGGCACCCUCGGAAAACAACAACAACAACAAUGAAAGUGGUGGGAACAGUGGAAAUAGUGUGCAGACUCUUUCACUUUCUAUGAGUACUGGUUCACAAUCCAACACUUCACUUCCUGUUCUCUCUGCAAGUGUGGAAAAUGGAAAGAGUUCUUCCGAUAACAAACAACCACCACCAACCACUGCUGCACUUGAUACCACCACCACCACCACCCCAACAGGAGCCACUGAAUCUGCACCCAGAAAGUCCAUUGACACCUUUGGACAAAGAACUUCUAUAUACCGUGGUGUAACAAGGCAUAGGUGGACUGGGAGAUACGAGGCUCAUCUGUGGGAUAAUAGUUGCAGAAGAGAGGGACAAACCCGCAAAGGAAGACAAGUUUACUUGGGAGGCUAUGACAAAGAAGAAAAGGCAGCUAGAGCCUAUGAUUUGGCAGCACUAAAAUACUGGGGAACAACUACAACAACAAAUUUCCCAAUUAACCACUAUGAGAAGGAGGUGGAAGAAAUGAAGCACAUGACCAGGCAAGAGUACGUUGCGUCAUUGAGAAGGAAGAGUAGUGGGUUUUCUCGCGGUGCAUCCAUUUAUCGAGGAGUAACAAGACACCAUCAACAUGGUAGAUGGCAAGCAAGGAUUGGGAGAGUUGCAGGCAACAAGGAUCUUUACUUGGGAACAUUCAGCACUCAAGAAGAAGCAGCAGAGGCUUAUGAUGUCGCGGCCAUCAAAUUCCGAGGACUGAGUGCUGUUACGAACUUCGACAUGAGCAGAUACGAUGUGAAGAGCAUUCUCGAGAGCACUACUUUGCCGAUUGGUGGUGCUGCAAAGCGUUUGAAGGACAUGGAACAGGUGGAACUCAACGUGGAAGCUCAUAGAACAGACCAAGAGGAUCAUAGCACGACCAUCUUGAACUCUCACCUACCUCAUGGUGGUAUCAGUAACAAUUUCGCAGGAACAACAGCAGCAGCAGCAACAAAUCAUCAUAACUGGCACAGUGGUCUUUCGUUCCACCAACCUCAACCUUGCACCACCACCAUGCACUACCCUUAUGGACAGAGACUAUGGUGCAAGCAAGAACAGCACGACAAUUCUGAUACCUCUCAUCCUUUGUCUUACCCUGAUAUUCAUCAACUGCAGCUAGGGAGUAACGGCACGCACAACUUUUUCCACACAAAUUCUGUGUUGCACCCUAUGAUGAACAUGGAUUCUGCUUCCAUUGACAAUAGCUCUUCAUCGAACUCGGUGGUUUACGAUGGUUAUGGAGGUGGUGGUGGGGGCUAUGUGAUGCCUCUGGGAACUGGUACUGUUGUUGCAAGUGAGGGUGAUCACAGUAAUCAAAGAUUUGGUGAUUAUGAAAGUGUUUAUGGAUCUAAUGAUGCUUAUCAUGCACAUGCAAGGAACUUGUAUUAUCUUUCUCAACAGCAAUCAGGUUCUGUAGAUCAAGGUUCUGCAUGCAACACUUGGGUUCCAACUGGAAUUCCAACUCUUGCACCUAGGUCUCUCUGCCAUGGUGCUCCACCCUUCUCGUUAUUGCAUGAAUAGGUGGAAAACUGGGGAGAAGUUUGAGUCACACCAAGGUGAUGAUGAUGAUGAUGAUGACAAUGAUUCAUAUAUUUCUGACUUUCUUCUUCCUCCUUGCACCUUUUGAAGAUGAGAAUUAAUAUAGUGUUUCUUUCAUCAUCUCUAACUUGUGAAGAUCCUUAGUUCUUCACUAGGGUCUGGUCUAAGUAAAAUCUAGUUUAGUCAUGGCAGAACCAUUUUGCUGUGAAUUUUGGUGAUUAACAUGUGGACAGAUAGAUCAUUGGGAUGCUUUUUUUCUUUUCUUUUUUUUUUUCACCGGGUUUUGUAAUUCUGGAAUAACAAGGAUCAUACAAAGGGUGGAGUUUUCUUUUCAUCAAUGUAUAUGCUUGGCACUAGUUUUUUCUUCACAAUUUCAUAUGGAAUGACCAAUAUGAAAAGUAUUUUGCUCCUCA